AUGGUUGCAAUUGGAAUUGAUUUGGGCACCACCUACUCCUGCGUGGGUGUCUUUGAGCACGGGAAGGUGGAAAUCAUCGCCAAUGACCAGGGAAAUCGCACCACACCAUCAUAUGUGGCCUUCACAGACACAGAGCGUCUCAUUGGGGAUGCUGCGAAGAAUCAGGUGGCGAUGAACCCGCGGAAUACCAUCUUUGACGCAAAACGAUUGAUUGGGAGGAAGUUCGAUGACCAGAAGAUUCAAGAGGACAUCAAGCACUGGCCCUUCAUGGUGAUUAGCGAUGCUGGGAAGCCCAAACUCGUGGCGGAAUUUAAGGGAGAGAAGAAACGUUUCUCUCCGGAGGAAAUCAGCUCAAUGGUUCUGACCAAGAUGAAGGAAACAGCUGAAGCUUAUUUGGGGCAUUCCGUCACAGAUGCCGUAAUCACCGUUCCAGCAUACUUCAACGACUCCCAGCGACAAGCUACGAAAGAUGCUGGCGCAAUUGCAGGGCUGAAUGUUCUGAGAAUCAUCAAUGAACCCACCGCAGCUGCCCUGGCCUAUGGAUUGGACAAGAAUCUCAAAGGGGAGAAGAAUGUGCUGAUUUUCGAUCUUGGCGGUGGCACAUUUGACGUCUCCAUCCUCACCAUUGACGAAGGAUCGCUAUUUGAGGUGCGAGCAACAGCUGGAGACACCCACCUGGGUGGUGAGGACUUUGACAAUCGCAUGGUGAAUCACUUUGUGGAGGAAUUCAAGAGGAAAUUCAAGAAGGAUCUCACAUCCAAUCCACGAGCCCUCCGACGUCUCCGCACGGCUUGCGAGCGAGCAAAGAGAACCCUCUCAUCGAGCACUGAGGCCAGCAUUGAGAUUGAUGCCCUUCUCGAUGGCAUAGACUUCUACACAAAGAUCUCCCGAGCACGCUUUGAGGAACUCUGCUCGGAUCUCUUCAGAGGCACCCUGGAACCCGUUGAGAAGGCCCUGAGGGACGCAAAGAUGGACAAGGGGCAGAUUCAUGACAUUGUCAUGGUUGGCGGGUCAACGAGAAUCCCCAAAAUUCAGAGUCUCAUCCAGAACUACUUCAACGGGAAAUCCCUCAAUCUCUCCAUCAACCCGGAUGAAGCAGUUGCCUACGGAGCAGCUAUUCAGGCAGCAAUUCUAACCGGAAGCAAAGAUUCAAAGAUUCAGGAUGUUCUCCUUGUGGAUGUGGCUCCACUGUCUCUGGGAAUUGAGACAGCUGGUGGAGUUAUGACGAAGAUCAUUGAGAGAAACUCCCGGAUCCCGUGCAAACAGACACAGACCUUCUCAACGUAUGCCGACAAUCAACCAGGAGUCUCCAUUCAGGUCUUUGAGGGUGAACGCGCCAUGACACGAGAUAACAACCUCCUUGGACAAUUUGAUCUCUCUGGGAUUCCUCCAGCACCACGAGGAGUGCCCCAGAUUGAGGUGACAUUUGACCUGGAUGCCAAUGGAAUUCUCAAUGUGUCUGCAAAGGAAAUGGGCACGGGCAAGGCGAAGAAUAUCACCAUUAAGAAUGAUCGGGGAAGGCUCAGUCAGGCUGAGAUUGAUCGCAUGGUGGCUGAUGCUGAGCGCUACCGUGAGGAAGAUGAGCGUCAGAGGGAGAAAAUUGCAGCACGCAAUCAACUCGAGGGCUACAUCUUCAGCCUUAAGCAAACACUGGACACAGCUGGGGAUAAAAUCUCAUCGGAAGAUCGCGACAAGGUGCAGAAGGCAUGCGAUGAUGCCCUCAAAUGGUUAGACAGCAACACCCUGGCUGACAAGGAGGAGUUUGAGCACAAAAUGAAGGACCUCCAGAACGUCUGCAUGCCCAUCAUGACAAAACUUCACAGUGCAGGAGCUUCCUGCGGGCAGCAAGCUGGUCCUGGAGGCUUCCAAGGAAGGACUGGGCCAACAGUUGAGGAAGUUGAUUAAGCAACAGAGGCAGCACAUUUCCAUUAAGUAGUUUUUUAAGGAAUCAUGUUUAAGGAUAUUUAAUUUAGCAUAAUUAUUGUUGUAAGAUUUAGGUUUAAGAUAAAUAUUAUGUAGACUGAAUCAAAUGAGAAAUAAAGCAAAAAUAUGAAUUAAA